CUUCCUACCAUCCAUCAACCAACACUCCUGGAUCAGUACCUUUCCUCACAGCUACGGCUGCCACUCGCCCAUCAUGGCAGAGCGCAAGGUACUCAACAAGUACUUUCCCCCGGACUUUGAUCCCGCCAAGAUCAAGCGUCGCAAGCAGGCCCCCGACCGCCAACAAGUCGUCCGUCUCAUGGCCCCUUUCAAUAUGCGCUGUUCCACCUGUGGAGAAUUCAUCUAUAAAGGAAGGAAAUUCAAUGCACGAAAGGAGACGGCGUUGGGAGAGACGUACUAUGGGAUCAAGAUCUUUAGGUUCUACAUCAAGUGUACGAGGUGUAGCGCGGAGAUUACCUUCAAGACGGAUCCUAAGAAUACAGACUACAUAGCCGAGCAUGGAGCUACCCGCAACUUCGAGCCCUGGCGAGACGCGCCCAAGCCAGACGACCAUGAUCCCCUUGCCCACUUUGCCGAGGAAGAGCGUGCUGCCUCUUCCUCUCGUCUCCUCGACGAAAAUGGCGAUCCCAUGCAGUCCCUCGAGGCUCGUCAGGCCGAAUCGAAGCGAGAGAUGGAAGUACUGGACGCUCUCCAGGAUAUUCGCACGCGGAAUGCUAAGCUCGACAGGGUUGAUACGGGCGAUGUGCUGGAUCGUCUAGAGCGCAAUCGUAAGCGUCGAGCCGAGGAGCUUUCGGCUGUGGAUCUUGAAGCAGAGGAAAGACGCAGGGCGGAAGAGGAAGAUGAGGAGUUGGUGAAGAAGUACUUUUCCCGUGCCGAGGAUAUGGGAGGUGAAGAUGAGGAGAGAGAGUUGAGAGAGGCAUUGGCUGGGGGUGGAGCAGCUGCUGAGGAUGAUGAGCAGGGGAGUAGCGGGGGUGGUACUGAGAGCACACCUGGACCUAGCACCCCUCGCUCCGACGCGGCAGGCGGGGCAGGAGCAGAGGUACCUACCAAUGGCAGAGUUAGCAAGGUGGCCCCUGUCGUCGUGAAGCGAGCCUACGCCAAGGAGGAAGACGGAGAACCAGACGCCAAGAGUCUACUCAGUGACAGAGCCAAGGCUCUCCUCCACAGCUCCGCUGCCACUUCAGCGCCAUCUUCCACUCUCAGUACCGGAGCCAUUGCAGCGGGGGGUGGAGCUGGUCAGCCAGCUAUGAAGAAGAAGAAGACGGGGCCGAAUGCUUUUGGUUUGGUCAAGAAGAAAAAGUAA